AUGUCUACAGAAAUAAAGACCUACUAUGCAUCCUCUGACCUCAACACGAAUGUCACGGGUUAUCCAGGAGGACAGGAAACCAAAAAAGAUGUGUUCAUCCUCUCACAUCCGGAGAUCAUGAACAUGAUGCGCUACAUCUGGGCGGGAUGUGAUCUACCCACCGAGCACGAUGACUAUAUCCGGCGCAUGGGCAUCGACGAGUCGGUCAAGGGCGAGGUAACCAAAGAGGUUGACUUGAUGGUUGCGGCUUACGCCGAGGUCCAAAAAGUCAACCAGAACUUCCGCGACAACACCUGGAAAGGACUCGUCGAUCUGUCAGGCGAGAUUGUCAACUACACAAAAGUUGCUGGUGGAACAGUCGACAGUUCGUACUAUGUGGGCUUCCUGCAGGCCAUCAAGGACUACCACGAAGCGACGGAGCAGAAGAAAAAGGACGAUGCCAGAGAGGCGAUCAAAGAGUUCACCGAUGACCUGAUUGGUCGGAUCACCACGCUGCAGACGCUGAGUGUCAAGGCCCGUGAUGACUUGGAGACGUUCAAAAAUUCCACGACCAAACAUAGCUCCACGCUGCAGACCAACGAGGAGGAAGUCAAAAAGCUGUUGGAUGACACCGAAAUCAAGAGGCUUGAGGGCGAGAUCAAAAGCCUGCAGAAGGAUCUGGAUGCCGAGCAGAACGAGCUGAGCUAUGGUUUGUCCUUGCUACCUACUGAGGAGCAUAUGCUAAUGAUGUAUUGUAUAGAUCUCAAAGUCGCUGCAACGACUCCGGCCUACGCCUGGGUCACCAUCUUUGGCUUCAUCGCCGCCAUUGCUGUAGCCAGCAUUUACGGCCUAAAAAUCAAACAUAUCAAGGAAAACAUUGAAAGCACCGAGGGCAAGAUCAAGGAUGACCAAAAGAAGCUGGAAGCAGCCCGGAUCGUGAGCGCAGACGCCCAGCGCAUGUCAAACGGAGCAUCAGCCCUGAUCGCCCUAAUCAACCCAGCCAUCAAAACCAUCGAGAAACUCGAAACGGUCUGGCAGACCAUCGCCGAUGAUCUCAAGGGUCUUAACGCCGCAGCCAAAGACACCUCCAAGGAAAUCCCCCCGGGUCCGGCAAUCGAGAAACGAACGCUUACGCUAUUGGUUAAUAGCUGGAAUGAGCUUGGCGACUAUGUGACCCAGUAUAGGAAGGAGGCGUAUACCAGCCAGCCAGAAACGCUCUCGCUCGACCAGUGGGUGAAGGAGUACGGCACCGAAAAAUAG